AUGCAAACCAGCGGUCAUUCCACCCUCGCAGACAAGAUCGCAACCGAGCACAAGCAUUCGACGAUUGAAGACAUGGUUGCCGAUGACAACAUCAGGGAAGAAUUGGUCGAAUGGAGGAUGCAAUCCGGUUUGACGGUGGACGAGUUGGUCUUGAUCCAACCCACAUACCAGUACCAGUUCCGGUACGAGUCAAGGCAGGCCCGCAGUGCCCGGAGGCGUUUUCUGGCCAUCAUUGCCAAAAUGCAGCAACUUGUGGAGGAGCUGAAAGCAUCUGCACCGGAAGGUGCAAUCAGCUAUGGAGAUGUGCCCGACGCCGUCGUGAAAGAUCUGGAAGAAGAUAUCCGAAAGUUUGCCUUUACCUUCCGCAAUGGCAACAUCAGCAAGUACUACGGUGGAGCUGCGAGCCCCUACGACGUGAUUCCCCAUUGGGGCUGGACGUUGAUCGAAUCAACGGGAAUGUUUCCCCGUACCCGUAGGUCACCUAUGGGAUGGACUGUUGGUGACAUGAAAGACUUCAACAAGCAGAUCGAUGCAUUUGAAGCCACCCUCCCAAGCAGCGGAUGCGAGCAGGUUAGAAUGCUGGUUGGAAAGUUGCGUCACGCUGCCAGUGGAAAAAGGAAUCCAGAGCACUCGCUCUAUGUGGACGAUGACAGCGAGUACGAAGACAUCGAGUACGACUGUACUUCCGGCCGAAGCUGA